AUGUCGCGAUGUUUUGUUGGUCAACUUUGGUACGAUGCUGACUUCGGAAUGGAAAUCUCACCUUCUCAAGGAUUCGUGGGUAACGGUGGUGUCCUUGUUACAGUCUGGGACAAUUCUCAGUUGGAGCUAUUGGACAAGAGAUUGGGAAUCAACUCUAUUACUUGUCUUUUUAGAUUUCGAAGUGACGGCUUCAAAUUUGUAAUGACAAACGCAUACUCUCCUUGUAAUCAUAAUAUGAGAGAACUGUUUUGGAAUAACUUGAAUGAAAUAAGAGAUUGGUCGUCGGAGGCGUGGUGUUUUGUGGGGGAUGUUAACGCUGUUAGGAGUGAUGGGGAAAGGAGCAAACCUGAUGGUGACGUACGAAACAUGAAGUUUCUUAAUGACUUCAUCUCUGAUCAAGCGCUAAUUGAUUUAACGUUGCAUGGAAGAGCAUACACCUGGAGUAAUAAGCAGAAUGACCCUUUGCUAUGCAGGUUGGAUAGGUGUUUAUUGUGUACUGCAUUUGAUUCUAAAUUCAGGUCUGCUACUCAAACUGCUUUGGUUCGCACUAUAUCAUAUCAUAAUGCAUUGAUAAUUGAUCUAUCUCCGUCUAUUAGAACUCAGUCUUGUUUCAGAAUAGAAAACCACUGGCUGGAACACCCAGAUUUUGUGAAAAUGGUGGAGAAUUGGAGCACUUUUGGGAAUGUGCGUAAGGAGGAAGAGGAGUUAAGGAAGAAGAUAGGCGUGUUGAAUAUCAUUGAGGAAACAUCGGCUUUAUCCACUGCUCAGCUUGAGGAAAGGACAACCUUAUUGAACUCGUUAAACACGGUAAAGCUCACCAGGGCUAGGAUGGCAUAUCAACGGGCGAAAAUUAAAGGUUUUAAAUAUGGAGACAAAAACACUCAAUAUUUUCAUCAAAUUGCAAGUGGCAAAAGGAGAAUGAACUAUAUUACAAAGUUGGAGGUCGAUGGGGCAGAUGUUUUCAAUCACGAAGCUAUUAAAAAAGAGAUUCAUGAUUUUUACUCUGAUUUAUUCACUGAUAACUCACCAAUAACGCCUUCUUUUGAUAACUUAGAUUUCAAGGCUAUUGAUCAGGUUCAAAAGGCGUGGCUAGAAAGAGAGAUGGAGGAGGAAAAGGUGUUGAAAGCCAUCAAGUUGUGUGGAAAAAAUAAAUCUCCAGGUCCGGAUGGCUAUAACCUGGAAUUUUACAAGGCGUGUUGGGGAGUGCUGAAGUCUGACGUAAUGGCAGCAAUCAAGGAGUUUUGCAACAAGGGAAAGCUGGAUUGA